AGCUCAUUAGGUGAGGUUGUUUCAUCAGCCGUGCGGUUCUGAGCAACACAAUCUGUCAGCCUGUCGCUGCUGUAGUUAAUCUCUCCUACACUCUGCCUCCGUGUCCAAAGAUCUUGGAGAAUGACCUCGUUUUACUUCGUUAAAGACUAAUUUAGGAUUCAUUUUUUGGCUCCUGUGUGUAACAUUGAAGACUUGGACAAGUGGGACUUCCAAAGGAGAACUCAGCUCUAUCAUGUUCCAGCAGUGAGUACCUCCUCUUCUUUGCAGUGCACUGUGGGACAGCAUUGACUGCACCCUGCAGUCUGCACACUGUACUCACCGCACACAAAAAACAGAACACCUGGAAGACUAAUUUAUGAUCUGUUUUGGACUCCUAUGUCCACUUUGUGAAUUCAAGUUGGAUGGGUCCACAUGCAGAAUUUACUUAGGCAGCGACCGGUCUCCUCAUUCAUGACGUCUCUGGCCUUUUUCUUUAUGCUGCUCUGUUUAACUGUUUCUGGUCAACAUCGGUGUGAAUCUCAACACCUUUCUCUUUGAUCUCCGAUGCCCACACACUGUGAUCCACCUCCUGCUAGACCUUGGGCAGUAGCGGAGCGGAUUCACAUCUGACAGUAGGAGGCUGUGCUGGUGUUUUGAGAACUGUUGGUGGACUCGCUCGGUGCUAGUUGACUUUAUCACAGGAUCCGGACACAAGCUCUUGGCUGGGAUGACUCAACACGGGUUGGUGUUGCUGAUGGCUGCUUGUGCUCUCAUAUCUGCAGCUGUUGGGUUUAACACACAUCUACAGCAGAAUCCUCUUGUGGAAAAUAUCUCGCAGCCUUAUGAAGAGUUUUGUUCUUCUGGACGUUGUACAUAUUUAGUUCCUUCUGUAUUCCUCAAAUACUUGAAGAAUAAGCACUGUGAAGCAGCCUGGCAUGCACCGGUUGAGGGGUCCUUGGCUGAUCCUUCUGACCCCGCAAGCCUGCAGUAUCCAGCUGUAGAAGUGACACCAGAAAGUCUGGUCACCGAGAAACAUGUUGACGGACUUUGGAUUGACAUCCGCUGCCAUGAUACCAAGGCCAGUCUCCAUCAGUAUCUAGCUGUUUUCAGAGCUGUGACUGAAACCAACCUGCCACUGAAAAGCUCUGCCCAGCCGAGAAAUCUGACUGUGAGCCGCAUCAUGCUGUCUGCAGGAGGAGCUGUUCUUGUUUUGGUGGUCCUUGCUAUCUGUGUGAUCUAAUGGAAUCGUAGGACAAUCCUCAGAGUGGUGUCCUCAAACCCGUCCAGAAAGUAACACGGUCUUCAUCAUGUCCAAAAGAGUUAGCGCUCUCCUCAUAUUAGAAUCUCUCAGUCAAGUUUCUCUCUAUAAAGGUGGAUGCAGUAUUUUGAAUAGCUACAGUACUGUUGCUGUCUCUCACUGUAAACGAACGGCCAUUGUAAACAAACUGUCUUCAUCUCCAACCUGCAAUGCUCAAGCCAAGUCACUCUCAAGGUCACUACACAAAACACCUAAUUGUACUGUCAGGGACCAAUUUGAUGGUUUAUAUGUUGUUUAAAUGUAUUUAUUA